GGGGCCUGGCCCACCCGCGGCCCCCGGGACGGCCCGGAGCGCGCGCCCUUGGAUGAGGUCCCGCAGCGACGCCCCGGCCCGCCCCGCUCCUCCUCCUGCCCUGCCAAGCUGCCUCCCAUCUGGGGAGUUUUGUGGGUUUUCUUUCUCCUCCUCCAACCUCCGCGGAGGCCACGACUCAGGCGCCGCAGCCGGGGGCCGCCUCCAUGGUCCGGGGCGGCCGCUGCUGAAGUCAGCGAAACCGAGCUCGGCCUGGAGCAGGCCGCGCGGGAGGCCAAGGCCAUGGCCGUAGCCACGUCGGCCCAGCUGGCCCGGGCACUCUACGACAACACCGCUGAGUCCCCCCAGGAGCUGUCCUUUCGCCGAGGGGAUGUUCUACGGGUACUGCAGAGGGAGGGCGCUGGUGGGCUAGACGGCUGGUGCCUCUGCUCUCUGCAUGGCCAACAGGGCAUUGUGCCCGCCAACAGAGUGAAGCUCCUUCCUGCUGGCACGGCACCCCAGCCCAGCCUCACCCAGGUGCCCCCAGCCCAGCCUGGCUCACCAUAUCCAGCCCCAGAGCACGGCAAUGAGGACCAGGAGGUAUAUGUGGUGCCACCCCCAGCUCGGCUCUGUCCUACCUUAGGACCACCAGCCAGACCCUGCCCGCCCUCCCCUGAUCCCAUCUACAAGAUCCCCAGAGGGAGUGGGACCCAACCGGCUGCCCCCGGAGAUGCCUUGGAGGUCUAUGACGUGCCCCCCGCUGCCCUCCGAGUUCCCUCCAGUGGUCCCUAUGACUCCCCUGCCUCCUUUACACGCCCUCUGGCCUUGGUUGCCCCGCAGUCACCUGGAGAGGAUGAAGCUCCCUAUGAUGUGCCUUUGGCCCCAAAGCCACCAUCAGAGCUGGAACCGGAUCUGGAGUGGGAGUGGGGCCGGGAACCAGAGCCCCCCCUCUACGCUGCCCCUUCCAACCUGAAACGGGCAUCAGCCGUGCUCAAUCUGUACGAAGCGCCAGAGGAACUGCUAGCAGAUGGGGAAUGUGGAGGCACUGAUGAGGGCAUCUACGAUGUGCCCCUGCUGGGCCCAGAGGCACCUCCUUCUCCAGAGCCCCCAGGAGCCUCGGCCUCCAAUGACCUGGACACCUUGGCCCUGCUUCUGGCCAGAAGCCCCCCACUCCCACACAGGCCCCGCUUACCCUCAGCUGAGAGCCUAUCCCGUCGCCCUCUGCCUGCCCUGCCUGUCUCUGAGGCCCCCAGCCCUUCCCCAGCUCCAUCUCCUGCACCGGGCCGGAAAGGCAGCAUCCAGGACCGGCCUCUACCCCCACCCCCACCCCGCCUGCCUGGCUAUGGGGGCCCCAAGGCUGAGGGGGAUCCAAUGAGUGAGGAGGUAGAGGACGAUCCAGCAGGACACCGCAAUGAGUAUGAGGGCAUCCCAAUGGCCGAGGAGUACGACUAUGUCCACCUGAAGGGCAUGGAUAAAGCUCAGGGAUCUAGGCCCCUGGAUAAAGCCUUCCCAGGGGAUCCUGAACUGCUGGAGAGGGGGCCACCAGAGCAGCAGGAGGCCCUGUCCCCAGGGGAGCCACUGGAUCUGCCCACCGGAGAUCUGCAGCUCCUGCACUUCUACGCAGGGCAGUGCCAGAGCCACUACUCAGCACUGCAGGCAGCCGUGGCGGCCCUGAUGGCCAGCACCCAGGCCAACCAGCCCCCACGCCUCUUCGUGCCCCAUGGCAAGCGGGUAGUGGUGGCCGCUCACCGCCUGGUGUUUGUUGGGGACACUCUGGGCCGGCUGGCAGCCUCCGCCCCUCUGCGAGCGCAGGUCGGGGCUGCAGGUACGGCGCUGGGCCAGGCACUGCGGGCCGCCGUGCUGGCUGUCAAGGGGGCCGCCCUGGGCUACCCGUCCCACCCUGCGGCCCAAGAACUGGCACAGCGCGUGGCAGAGCUGGCCGGGCAGGCCUUGCAAUUCACCACUCUGCUCUCCAGCCUGGCCCCCUGAGGGCCCCUCGGCCCUGCUCUGCCCCUCUCCUGCCUACCCCUUUUGGGCCUUGGGCAGCCAGAGAGCUCUGUUUUAGGGACCAGGAGAGGUGGGGCCAUCUUUCCGGUCUUCUCAGUCUCUCACAGAGAUGUCCCUCCCCCUCCCACAGCUUUUUGUACGAGCCGUUUUGUAUAAAUUAUUUAUAUUUAAUAUUAUUCCCUGCUUUGUCAGGGGCAGGUGCCGGGCCCUUUGGGGCAGGGAGGAACUGGUCUCUUCCCUCGGCCUGGGGUGGAGGUUCUUGGUCACAACACUGCCACCCACCUCUGGAAACUUGGCCCCACAGAAAUCAGGUGACUGAAACCUUGGGUCACUUGGAACCCCUGUCUUGUCCUGGUUCUUGGCUCUAAAACAUCAGCACCUCACUGUUAGCUGAGGCUGAGGGCAGGACGUUGACUGCGCAGAAGGUGGAGGUCUGGGAGAGGCCAGAAGGCUCCUCCCCCCAGGAGGCAGGACGGAGUGGGGCCUCAGUAAGCCCUGCUCUCUGGUUCUCUGAUUCUGCUUCUUGGGUGCUCGGGGAAGGGGCCGGGCCUGAUGCCCCUUGGCCAAACCUACAGGACACACACUGUGGACAGAAUGUCCUUGGGUUUGGGGGGAGGUUUUGCUCUUAUUUUCAACAACUAUUCAUUCGGCGGGCUUCAGCUCCCAUGAUGUGCCGAGCACAGUCCUGAGGGUACAUUGUGGAGUGGGGUGAAUAUAACCGAGUCAGUUAAAAUAAGUAAAUAACAAAAUAAACAGGGUGAUGUGAGGGACUAACUGGUUGAGGGAGAGGCUGUUGAAGGACUUUGGACAGGAUGGUUGAGAGGUGAUAGCUGAGGGCACAGGGAUAAGAGCCCCAAAGAGAGUCUGAGAACCAGCAUUGCCAGAAGGCAGACACUUAUUACUGACUGGUGGCCUUUCCUCCAAGACUUCAUCAUCACACGAUAUCAUUAGAGAGGUGCACGUGUGGAGAGAUUGGCCUCACGAGAACCUUGAAAGGUGCCAUGCUGAAGAGAUCACCCCAGUAAAGGUCUGUCUUCAGCUUAGCGCCACAGGAGCACUCUGGCCAACUGGAAAGUGCUGCUGGCUAACCUCUCCUUAUGGGUGCCCUCUCUUAUGUUAACCCAAGAAGGUCUGGCCCCUUAAAUCCCCCUUCCCAGGCCUCCUGCUGACCAUCCUUCUGAAGGAGCUGAGGGGCCAAAUGAAUGCAAUGUGUCAUUAGUCCAUAGUCCUCAAGCUUUGGUGAAAUUGACAAGCCAUGGCUUAGAUGGAAGAUCACUCCAGGCACUUACCACAGGAAGAAGUCCAAGCCACCGAUCCAUUGCUUCAUCUCUGCUUUCCCCAGAUGACACCUUGGCACUGUGACUGGAUUAGAGGCUCCCCAAACUUCAAUCACAAUCUGAGUCUCUUGCCCCACUCUGCAUUUGCCUUCUCCAUUUUGGGUUCCUUCUUUCUCAUUUCACUCAAAGAAAAUUCACUUCCAGAUUCUGGAGUCACCCAAACUUACCCUUGGGUGUUGAAGAUUUAUAUCAGAGCUAUUUUUCAUCAUCUCCCAAAAAGAAUGUCAAGAGAUCAACCUGGAAAUAGAGGUUUCAGUGCAAGUCCCAGAUCUGCCUUGUGCCUAUCUGCAAGUAAAUCUUGUCAGUCCCUUUGAGUCCAGGCUUUAUCUUUAAUAAGAGGAUGAUCAUAAUGGUCUCACAGGAUUGUGAGGCCAUAACAAUAAAAUGCCUGUAAAUGGCCCAGUGCCACAUAAA